AUGACGGACACCGAAGUUUACGAUGUUAUCGUUGUUGGUGCCGGUCCAUGUGGCCUCGCAACGGCAGCCCGCCUACGCGAGCAUACUCCAGCUGCGCUCUUCACAGAUGAAGAGCAUCGCAGAUUUCACUGGAUACGGAAAUAUGGCAACAAGGUGAGCCUGAAGCAUGUGCGAAGCAACAAAAUGUCCGUUCCACGCCGCAAUGCACGACCGGAAUACAAAAUGAUGGUCCUCGACGGCACCGACGACAAGUGGCUUGGUCGAUGGAACAAGCUAUUUGGCUUGUAUGACAUUUCACAUCUGAGGAGCCCAAUGCUGUGGCAUGUUGAUCCUCUCGAUCGGGACUCUUUGUUGGCUCAUGCUUAUUCUGAGAAUCGAGAGAACGAGUUGGUCGAGAUUCGCAACUGCGUCGGAAAAGAGAUCAGCAAGCAUGCAAAGAAGAAGAGCGCGGGAAACCGACAUUGUGGCAAAAAGCAAGAAGCGAGAGUCGCCAUCAAUUUACGUGAGAGGAACGAUUACUACACGCCUUCACAAUCUCUGUUUUGUGACCACUGCGAACAUGUCGCCACAAGAUACUGCCUCGAUAGUAGCAUGAUUAAAAAAGGAAUGCUAUUGGAUCUUGACUAUGGAAUUGUGAGAGGUGUUUCAAUUGAUGAAGAGAGCAUAUUUACAGUUACAACUUCUGUUGGACGACUUUACUCCAAGACCGUGGUUCUCGCAGUGGGUGCUGCAAACAAACCUGAGAUUCCUAGGUUGCCGUCUAUGCCCACCCAGUUGCAGCAUCUGCGUCAAGCUCGCCACAGUAUGCAAAUCGAAGAAUUUCCUGAUGCAAUUGUCCAGGCGAGAAUGGCGUCUGGGCGGCAGACCAAUGUUCUGGUUGUAGGAGGCGGAUUGACAUCUGCUCAACUGUCGGACCUUGCGAUUCGCAGAGGCGUGACCAAGGUUUGGCAUAUAAUGCGAGGACCCUGCCGCGUCAAACAUUUUGAUGUUGAUCUCGAGUGGAUGGGAAAGUAUAAAAACACCGAGCAAGCAAGGUUUUGGCUUGCUGAUUCGGACGAGGAGAGAUUGAACAUUAUCAAGGAAGCGAGAGGUGGCGGCAGUUUCACACCUCUAUUCCAUAAAAGGUUGAGACAACACGUCGCUUCAGGACGACUAGAACUCUUUGAGAAAACGAGCUUGGUAGAUGCCACGUUUUUGGAACCUGAUGACGGAUGUGGUAUGUGGAUGGUGAAAACUGAACCGCCAGUCGCAAAUAUGCCACGCUUCGACUACAUCUAUUUCGCGACAGGAAUCCAGACAGACGUUUCAAGACUAUCUUAUCUGCAAACUAUGCAACGGAAAUAUCCGAUCAACAGCUAUGGUGGAUUCCCCUGUGUCAAUGACGAUUUAAUGUGGAAAGACAAUGUGCCAUUGUUUACACUGGGAAGGCUAUCUGCACUGAGAUUGGGGCCGGCCGCUCCAAAUAUCGGUGGUGCAAAACUGGGAGCAGAACGAGUUGCAUGGGCAAUUGAAGCAACAGUGAAACCAUCUGGAUGGCAGGAGUAUGGGGAAGAAGAACGCAAUGAUGAAAUCACAGGCUAUCUUUCUGGUCAUGGCAACAUGUAUAGUUCGCUAGCGAGUGAAGCUUCCCAAGCAUGA